UAGAACGUGCAUACGUCAUUGUGUCAGCAGACACGCCCAUUACUUCCAUCUUAGCCAUGUGGAUAUGACCACAAACGACUGCACGACCGAUCCGUUUGUUUACGCAUUGUGAAUAUUAUUGUGCAUGCUCAGACCGCAAGCAAAAUGUCCGAGUCCGUGUGCAGGUUUCAAGCCGAGGUGGCGGCCGUUAUGGAGGUGUUACUGAAAGUGGCCGUCGUGGAGAUAACGAAAGUUUUCGAAGGACGCGCGUUGGAUUGCCAUGGCUGCACGGUCGACAGAGAAACUCAGAUCAAAGAGAAUCUGGUGUGUGUCCCUGACAUCAGGGCUCAUAUGGAAAGUGCAUUGACUAAUCUCUCUGAGAAGAUGGUUUGUAGCGUCGGUGUGCAAGUAGGAGAGACAAUGCUGCCCCACCAUCAGGAUCAGUGCGUGUCCACUGAGAGAGACGAGGUUUGUCUGCAGGACUCCAGAGGAGAGGAGGGGCUUUCUCCCUCUGAAACUCUCUGUGAGGAGUCUCCAGAAGCUGUGGAUUUGCAAUGCAUGGUUGACCUUCCAUGCACUAUCUUCAAAGAAACUGGAAUUGGCAGAGAAGACGGCUUAAUUCAUGAAGCCCAAUGGACAGAUGACUUAAAUAAACCAGAGACAAUUCAGGAAAAUGGUCUUCAGGAAUCCUCUUCACACUCUGUAGUAGAUCCAGAGUCUCAUCUGUUCAGCUCUGUUUUAGGCAGCAUUCCCAGUGCAGACCUUUCCACUGACACUAUGAGCCAGUGGGACCUUGGCCUUAUGGACGUCAGUUCUUUGCCGUCUGUUGAAAAGUCACCUCUCAUAGAACCUCCUCAAUCCAGCAAAACCCCAGCGGAGGCCACUGAACUCAGCCAGGCAUCAGGAGAUAGUACUGCGAAUCCGAGGAAGGUGCGUUUCCAACUGAGCCAAACGCCGUUCGAUUGCAAACUGUUACGGCCUUGCUCUGUGCAACUUGUUAACCUCCUGAUGCUGUCCAGUGUGCAAAGGGUAAACGGUUCCAACAGAAAAUGCUUUUCUACACUCAAAGACCUGCGAACCCAUCAGCGUGUCCAUACAGGACGUCGGCUGUGCUGCUUUAAAGAGUGCGGGAACGGCAUUUGGCGCCUGCAGGGUGUCCUCACACACAGAAAUGCUUAUGCCUGCAAGAUCUGUGACAAGAAGUUCAAACGCAAGAAGAUCCUGAAGCGUCAUGAGCGUUUUCAUACAGGUGAAAAACCAUAUUCGUGCAGGAGGUGUAAAAAGACAUUUGCCCUGCGGAAAAGCCUGCGAAGACACGAACGCUUCCACACUGGAGAGAGACCACACGUCUGCCCGCACUGCAGGAAAGGCUUCCGUCUCAAAAACAAUUUGAAAGCUCAUCUGCGCUUUCACACAGGUGAAAAGCCUUUCAUUUGCAACCUGUGCUCGAAGGGUUUCAGGAUCCACAAGAACCUUGAGAAACACAGGCUCACUCACGUGGCGCCGGUUAGCUUUCAGACUCUUCAAUAACUGACAAACGUUGUGUGUGACCUAAACCAAACGCCAUAUUUCUACCUCACAUCAGAACCACUGUAUCCAACCGGUUAAUAUAGCACACAAUGGCAGUAAGAACAUCAGGGUGACUAAUUUUGUGGUCACAUUUUCUCUGUAAUAUCAUGUUGUAAAUGUUUUUUGUCAUGUUGGUCAGAAGUGUUUCUGGACAGUUUUCUUCUAUUGUAAUCUUUGCCUCCGACUGCAUCUGUACUAAUACUAUACAAACUUUUUAUUCUUCAUUAGGUUCUUUCCCCUUAGUGUAACACACCCAGGGCAUCAGAGGAUGCAGUCCAACGCAAGUAGGCUUGACUGAUUCUUGCUUGAUGUAAAUACUAAAAUCAUAGUUCUAGGAUGCUUUUAAACUUUUUGUUUUUUUUUAAAGAAUGACUUUAUCUUCUGUCAUAGCUGUUUUAACAAUCUAAAUCUUGUCUGGACCUGUUCAAGUGGGUUAAUGUGUGGUUGAACACUGGAGAUGAUUGGAUGCUGCAGGAUUCACAGAGCCUUGUAAUCAUUUAAGCGAUUUGUACUUUUUUGUGUUUUUAAACGUCACUAUUUCUUAGCACGCUUUGUUCACUUUAAGCUUGUUUUAAAAAAAAGCUAAAAAAAAAAAUUGUUAGUAACACUACUGCUCACAUUUUCCCAUUAUUAUAUCUUUUACACAUACUUUCUUGAAUUUAAUGUGAGAUCAUUAUUUGGAGCAAGCAAACAUUUCACUUUAAAUCAUCUUAAAUUGCCAGAGAGAUUUUUUUUUUUAAUAAACAUGAAUCUUUGUUUUAUUCUUUGUGCUUUUAAUCAGCUAUGCUUUUAGUUUGAUAUAUAAAAAAAAAACAUGUAGUAACUUAGACUUGUGAGUUUAUAACCAACAAAAAUAAUGGUUUCACUAUACUUCCUGUUUUUCCAUUCCUCAUAGCCACCGACAAGCAUUUCAGUUACUUUUCGAAUAAACAAUAACCUUGUA